AUGUAAAUAAUUACACAAAGUUGUGUUAUGUUGCGUGAAGACAUCGAAAACAAAUCACUCUCAACAGUGCAAUAGUGAAGUGAUGGACGGGACAGAUUUUUUACUAGGAGGAAUUGGUUCCAUGGGAGCCACACUAAUAACGAACCCGCUAGAGGUGGUCAAAACGAGAAUGCAACUGCAGGGCGAACUGGCCGCUAAAGGAACCUACCACAAACCUUACCGAAGCGUGAUCGAUGCGUUUGUUACGAUUGCAAAAAAGGAUGGAUAUGCAGCGCUUCAGAAAGGACUAGCACCGUCCCUGUGCUUCCAGUUCAUUCUCAACUCGUGCAGAUUAGGCAUCUACAAUACGGCCAACGAGCAUGGAUGGACAAAGCAGGCGAACGGUAAUCAAUCGAUUCUGAAGAGUGCCUUCUGGGGUGCGGCCGGUGGAUUCGUCGGAUCGGCCUUAGCGAGUCCUUUCUUUAUGCUACGCACCCAUCUACAAUCGCAGGCUAAGGCCGAAAUUGCGGUCGGUUAUCAACAUCAGCAUACCGGGAUGAUAAGCGCCAUUAAAGACAUUUUUAAGAAGUAUGGAAUUCAGGGCCUUUAUCGAGGGGUUGCCGUUACGAUGCCACGUGCUUUGCUCGGAAGCGGAGGACAACUGGCCGCGUUCGGCUAUACGAAAGACUUUCUAGUGCGGCAUCCAAUUGUGUCGGAACAAAGCGAUACUUUUGUGUCGACUGUGGCCGGUGCGGUCGGUGGAACGGUAAUGGCCAUCACAAUGACACCGCCGGACGUUAUAGCGACGAGACUGUACAAUCAAGGGGUAGAUGCAGGUGGUAAGGGCAUUUACUAUAAAGGUGUAGUGGAUUGUUUUAUUAAAAUCCUAAAGGCGGAAGGAGUCGCAGGGCUGUAUAAAGGAUUUUGGCCACAUUAUAUGCGGAUCGGUCCACAUGCAACGUUGGUGUUACUGUUUUUCGAUGAGUUGAAGUCGAUGCGCAGGAAAUACUAUGAGGCUCAAUAG